AUGGCAUUCUUUGCUUCAACACUGGAAUAUGAGACCCAGGAAGCUUGCAAGGAAUAUGCUGAGUGUCAGCUUCAAGACUGUUGCUUCACGUAUGAUGAUCCCGAUAAUGAUGAGGAGCCAGGCACAUUUUUGUCUGAGUACAUGUUGCGCAUUUUUGCUGCCCACCUCACUGCAAUUUCUGGCAAAGUGAGGGUGGAUGGACUCGUCGAAUUUGGCAAACCCGGUUAUCUUACUGCACUCAUGCUAUCGGCUGUGGCAGCUGAGCAUGCUCUUGUCUUGGUUCAAAAUUGCUUAUUAGUCAACACUGAUCCCUCUGAUGAUGGUGGUAAAACCCACAAGAUUAUCCAGACGCUGAACAAGGCAACUAAUAAGAUGAGCCAUACUGGAACAGCAUUUUUAUCUGGAAACUGGGAGACAGACACCAUGGCAUACAUGGAGAGUAUCAAGGAUCUACCUCACAAACAUAUCCAAGAAAUUCUUACUCAAGCGGAAGGUUACAUGAAGCACACAUGUCCCCAAUGUCGCAUUAGCGACACAGGAGUCUCAAUGCAUCAUUUUUUGAGUGUGUACUUCUCAGAUCUUGUACUCAAGUCACCCAUUGACAUCUCAUAG